GAACGAGAGGGGAGACGCGAUUGCGUUUGGUUGAAAAAAGCGGCGGCGCUAACGGCGGUUGGAAACUGAAUCUUAAACCCUCCUUCACCGUGAAUCUCCGUAACUCAGUUUCUACGAUGUUGGGUUUACGCAGAUCCGCGGCGACCUUAUUCGACCAUAGCCAGUCUCUGCUUCGGAAUCUAUCGUUCCAUGGAUUACGUGUCCAAGGGAUUCGUGUGGGAAACGCAGAGGUUCCAAACCAUAAGCCACUCAAAACCGGUCUUCAAGAAGUGUAUGGAAUCGGGCGCCGUAAAUCUCACCAGGUUCUCUGUGGGCUCGGGAUCACUAACAAACUUGCCAGAGACUUAACUGGAAAAGAACUCAUUGACCUCCGUGAAGAAGUUGGCAUGCACCAACAUGGUGAUGAAUUGAGGAGGCGUGUUGGAUCGGAAAUACAGAGACUGGUAGAAGUAGACUGCUACAGAGGAAGUAGACAUAGACAUGGAAUGCCUUGCAGAGGACAACGAACCAAAACUAAUGCUCGCACUAAAAAGGGAAAGAGAGUUGCUAUUGCAGGAAAGAAGAAAGCUCCUCGCAAGUAGAACCAAACAAAAUUUGUUUACUCUUUCUUGCACCAGUUUAAGACUUUGUGUCACUUGUUGGGGUGUAGCUGAUCAAAUAAGCAAAACAUGAUUUUCUCUUUUUUUAUUGUCGUUUUUUGUAAUUGCGGUUGUAGAGGAAGGAGAAAACUUCCAAUUAAGCAUGAUCUUAAACCCGUUCUCUAGUCUCCCUUUUAUCGAAAUUUGGCCCAAAUAUAAUCCAUUUGAGGCCCAAUGGAGAAAACCCA